AUGGCUUUCUCUUUAUGGUUAACUCGCUCUCGCCUCUCCUCUAGAACCGUCUCCGCCUUUCUCCGGCCUACGAGUCGUCAGCUCCACUCGACGGCCAAAGCAACCGGUGAAUCGACCGUCAUCUCGCCGGAAAAGGGUCGUCGGAGGCUCCCAAAUUGGUUGACGAGCUCUCUUCUUCCGUUGGCUAUUGCCGCCUCCGCCACCUCUUUCGCGUUACUGAACCAGUCGUAUCCUUCUAUCAGCGAAUCAUCAGCUUUGGAUUCUAGAGGUAUAACUAUUGGAGGAAAAGAUAGCACUGAACCUGUAGUUAAAGGAGAAUACAAACCAGUUCCUAAGGAGCUUAUUGAUGAAUUGAAAACAAUCCUUGAGGAUAACUUGACAACGGACUACGAUGAGAGGUUCUUCCAUGGGAAGCCCCAGAAUAGUUUCCACAAGUCAGUGAACAUUCCUGAUGUUGUCGUUUUCCCGAGGUCCGAAGAAGAAGUCUCCAAGAUUCUUAAAUCAUGCAAUGAAUAUAAGGUUCCUAUUGUACCAUAUGGUGGGGCUACAUCGAUUGAGGGUCAUACCCUGGCUCCAAAUGGAGGCGUAUGCAUUGACAUGUCAUCGAUGAAGAGGGUGAAAGCAUUACAUGUGGAGGAUAUGGAUGUUGUUGUUGAGCCUGGAAUUGGUUGGCUGGAGCUAAAUGAAUAUUUGGAACAAUACGGUCUAUUCUUUCCUCUUGAUCCAGGACCUGGUGCAACCAUAGGAGGCAUGUGUGCUACACGUUGCUCUGGUUCCUUAGCUGUGGUUCUUCCUAAUGGAGAUGUUGUGAAGACAGCUUCACGUGCUAGAAAGAGUGCUGCCGGAUACGAUUUGACCCGCUUGAUUAUUGGGAGUGAGGGGACUUUGGGGGUCAUAACUGAGGUUACCCUCCGGCUUCAGAGAAUCCCGCAGCAUUCAGUGGUGGCAAUAUGCAAUUUCCCUACAGUUAAGGAUGCUGCAGACGUGGCCAUUGCCACUAUGCAGACUGGAAUACAGGUGUCGAGAAUGGAGCUCCUUGACGAGGUUCAAAUCAGGGCUCUUAAUAUGGCAAACGGGAAAAACUUGACUGAAGCUCCAACUCUGAUGUUCGAAUUUAUAGGGACAGAGGCAUAUGCACUCAAAUUGUUCAGCAGAUUGCUUCUAAACACAAUGGAUCAGACUUUAUGUUCUCGGAAGAAUCUGAAGCAAAAAAGGAACUCUGGAAGGGUUUCAAACGGCGGCUUUCUCAUCACAUCGGAGGCCGAUAAAUCACAUUCCGUUUUUCAUUUUUCUUCGGUUUCGAUGGUUGCAACGUUUAUUAGUGAGUACAAUCCUCUCAAUCGAUCCAUCGUUAGUUCUUUUUCUCCUGUUCCCAAAUCCGUUCUGGCCGCAAAUGUAUGUAACGGGGUUAAUGGAUUUUGGGACUGGGAUAAUGGUCCUCUUUCGCAAGGAUAUGUUUUUGAUGAUUUGCGUAGAAAUAUUGAAGCCGGUCUGAAACAAUAUCGCAAUGAACUUUACUUGGAGACUUUUACUGCCGUGGGAAACUACUACGGUUUGGCUAAGGAGGAACCCUAUGUAGAUAGGAUUUAUGUUGCUGGUGAUAGAUUUGGGCGUUUGCAAGAGUGGUGUAGGACUUUUGAUACUCCGGUUAGGAGCACAGCUUGUGAAAGAUGUAAUCAGGAAUUCCCAAAGAUCUAUCCGGAUGAUUCACAUUUGAUUAAUCAAGAUCAAUUUUGUAGACAUACGGAUGUUGGAGAUGCAAUGUUGGCCAGAGAGAUGAAGUAUUUGCAGCUUCUCCGUGAUCCUCCCGGGUAUGUCCUCUUGAUAUCAGGUGAUAAGGAUUUCACACUCCCUCUGAUGUCUUUAGUACAACGCGGUUGGCAAAUCCUCGUAGCAGAGCCAAAUCAAAUUCAUAGGAGUAAGUAUCGCCGAUUUGCGCGGGCUGUUUGGAAAUGGGGUCAGUUGAGUCAUGGAUUUGAGCCAUUCAUACGUCAUACUGCUCGUCAGGUUGAUGAUUCCGUUAGAAGAUUCAAUAUGUCAACACUAUGGUCUAUCCGUUAG